ACGUUCAGUGAGGCACAAAUCGUCUGCCACACUGCCAACUGUUGCACAGCUACGUUCUCAUCGGCAAUCAGCUAAGAUGAAGGUUGUUCUCGCAAUCACCCUUGUCGCCAUCCUAGGUGUGGCCAGCGGCACCCAGUUCUCCCUCUGCCAGGCGCCAUCUGAGCGAAGACAUGAACUGGUGAACUGUGUGAAGACUCAUCUUAACGAGCAGGCUUCCCAGAAGCUGAGUGAAGUGAAGCAGCGCCUUAACUGCGAAGACCUGGAUUGCGUCUUCACGAAGAUUUGUGAACUGAGCAGUGACACCCACCAAGAGCACGCCAACACAUUCCUACCGGAUGAUGUGAAGACGGACGUUCGUGCAGCCCUUACGCAAUGCCGUCCAAGCAACUAAAGAGCAGCUCUUCAGCAUCUCGCAAGCACGUCAUUGAAGACAACGCAACCAUCUUCUCGUCGUAAUCACGAAUCUUAUAAUUGGAGUGAAAUAAAUAAAUACGUCUCUUGAUAACUGCUGA